AGUCCCACGCACUCGAGAGUCGAGGGGGUCAGUCCCAUCCUUAUCUCCGCUAGCUAGCUUCGGUAUAGCCCCCUGGUCUUUACUCUCCAGGCCAAAUCAAAACCACAGCAGCUACUAGGCGAAGGACACAUCGGCAUUAUCCAUCGAUCGGGCCUUGUCCUGUCCGCGGGUGGCGCCGGGCGCCGGUGACAACCGACAGGGCAGCAAGCGUGGAUCAUCCGAGCGGAAGCGGAAGCGCUCCUCCUCCUCCUCCUCCGGCUCCGGGGCACCGUCGCGACAGCAGAGGUCCGCUGCCAUCACCUCGUCCGCCGCCGCCGGCGCUACAACGAGGUGACCACCAUGGGCAUGGAGAGCCGGAGGUCGUCGGGGAGGAGGCUGCUGGCGUUGCCGUUUCGACGACGAGCUACCAGCACCAGCAGUACGAGCUCGCCGUCAUGGUGGCGGCGCUCACCCACGUCAUCAGCUCCACUCGACCGGCGGCCGUCGCCGGUGCAACCGCGUCCGGGCAGCAAGCUGUGACCCGCCAACACAGCGCUCCUCUGGCCGCGGCGGCGACAUCGUCGUCAUCAACGGCGUCGGAGCAGCAGCAGCAGCGUCCGCGGUACCGUGGCGUGCGACAGCGGCCGUGGGGCAAGUGGGCGGCGGAGAUCCGCGACCCCGUUAAGGCAGCGCGCGUAUGGCUGGGCACCUUCGACACCGCCGAGGACGCCGCGCGCGCCUACGACGCCGCCGCGCUCCGCUUUAAGGGCGCCAAGGCCAAGCUCAACUUCCCUGGCGCCGGCGGUGCGCCUGCGCCACCCCGCCAUGCCGCCGGCCAGCUCCUGGCGCCCGGAGGCGGGGCAUCGCCGUCGUUGCGGCAACAGCAGCGACCCGUGGUGGCCUUCCGUCCGCAGAUUAACGCCCCGGCAGCCGUUGCUCGGGAGGAGUUCCCGGACCUCCACCGGUAUGCGCACAUACUGCAGAGCGGUGACGUGGACCUGCGGGCUGUUGCAGCCGGUGGGAUGACACCGGGGCAGUCAUCUUCGUCGACGCCGGCGCACGACUCGGGGUCGCCGCCCCGGCUGGAUGAUCGCGGAUAUGGCGAGAGAAGUGCAGGCCCUGGCUGCUAACUGAGUAGUACUCUUACUGAAUACGUACUGAUCGACGUGUACUGUGUACAUGAGAAAAAACAAGUUCUGUUUUUUUUCAUAUUUUUGUUUGCAUAUUUAUUUUUUGGCGUCGUAUCCUGUGAA